ACAGAUGCUUGUUUGUGAUUAUUAGGAAACUUGAAUAGAGGAGAUAAUUUUGAAGAAUAAAUCUAUUUUUAUUCCUCUCUGCAUCAUUUUAAACUCACUCUAUAAAAUUAGAACCAUAUCUUCAAUUCUAGUGUCUUUUCACAUUACUUCAUUUAGAAAUUAUUUUUUUUUUUAGUAUUUAGAAAUGGAACCUAAAUGGGAAUUUGAAUGUCCCCAGUUUGUUGAUUUUACUCAAAAUGUAUCUGAAGAUGAAGACAGCGAUUCUUGGUUUGACGUUGAUCAUGAGGCCGACAUAAAUGACAUCCCACUUUUCAUGCCUGAAGGACAGAAUGCUAUCAUAGCCCAAGCAAUGCCAGUUGUUGUUGCCAAGCCAACCAAAAAGGAGCCUCCUGAAAAUGUUACCAAUGCUGAUGGUAAAGCAAAUACAGGUGUGUCUAAUAAAGACAAGCAGUCUCCUUUGAAGAACCGCUCAAAUAUAUGUGCUUCUGUGGAAGAAUUUCAUCGCAAAUUCAAGAACAAACCUGUUGCCUGUGUUGUUGGUAAAGAGAAUCAAGCAAAUAAAGGACCACGAAGGGUUUUGAGAAACCCUCAACCAGAGUCAGAGCAACCUACUGUAGCAAUCUUUAAGUCCUCAAAAAAAGCAUCACAAGAAUCAGAGCCACAACCUAACGGAUCUGACCAACCAGAAGGAAAUAAUCACCAAAGAAGUCUUAGUAAAGAUGCUAAUUCCAAGACUGAUCCAGUAUGUUCUACAAAUAAAAAAACAAAUCAAAGUAUGUCAAAACCCAGAGAUAGUAAGUCUGGAUCUACAGAGAAAUUAAACAAAUCCACUGCCUUUUCAAACAAAAGUAAUAUGAGACGUUCAAUCUCUUCAGGCAGUAUCAACAAAGUAGUGCCUAAAGAUAAACUCCAUAUCAGACGUUCAGGUUCCUUGGAUAAGCUGGCUGUCAAGAACACGGGAUGCACUGAUAAAAUGGCUCCAAAGUUAAAAGAAAACCUUCUCAGAACAUCUAAACACAUGACUUAUGAGGAAAUUGAACUACAACAGAUGGAAAUCGCACGAAAUAAGGCUUUGGAAGCUAAGAAAAUGGCUGCAGAAUCACUGAAAAGAGUGAAGAAUUCCAAGGGAUAUCAGCCUAUUACCUCCAACAAAAAAUUGACAGUUGCAAAAGAAUUUCAGUUCAAUUCUGAUAAACGACUCCGUAGUCACUCAGUUGACAAUGUAAAAUCUCCAAUUUCAGACUUGUCUCAGAUCUUGCGCAAAGAAGACAAAACUUGCCCAGCAUUAAAGAUGCCAACAAGGACAGUUGUUCAACCUUUUAAGUUUAGUGAAACCAAUCACAAGACUACAGCCACUAAUACCAAAUAUCAGUCAGUAGCAGAACAAAUUAAUAACUUCUGUAAGAGAACUCCAGAUCGCUAUAGGACUCAUACGAAAGAACCUGCUCCAAAGAAAGCUUGGUGUGCACCAAGAUGCACCAUUGCCAAGUCUCCUCAGUUGAGCAGCAAAGAUAGGUCACGACCUAUACAUGUUCUCAGCCAGAAGGAGUUGGAAGAGAUAGAACUGGAAGAGAUAAAGAUGAAUCAGUUCAAGGCAAAGGAUGUAAAUAGGAAGAUCUUUGAGGCACCUGUUGGUGUGAAAGAAGUACCAAAGAAAGACCCAACUGUUGUGAAACCAUUUGAUUUGCCUGGCAGCAAGAUUCCUUCAACAAAGAGGGCUUCUACUGAUGAUGAAUUUGAUUACCGAUUCCGUGCUCAGCCUGUUCCUACUGAAAUACUUCGAGGAGUUGUGGGUGUGAAAGAGGCUGAAUCUCUUCCAGUGACUAUUCCAGCUUCUCCUGCUUUUGCAUUGAAACACCGUAUCCAUCGACCUCAUAUAGAAGAACCUAAACAGGAGAAUUUGAUAAAGAAGCCAAAGUUCAGACCUUACAUCCACAGUGGCAUAAAGUUUGAACCAAAAUUAGACCAUCGGUGCACAGUGGUAGAACCUUUCACUUUUGAUGAUCGGAUGAGGGAGCUUUUGGUGAAAAGAGAAGAGCAUAUUAAGAAAAUAAAAGAGGAGAGUGCAAAGGUAUCUGAAUUUUAUGCCAAUCCAAUCCCUAAUUAUAAGCCUGGUCUCCCUGCCAAAAAGCCUUUGGUUGUGACAAAACAAGAGCCAUUCAAAUUGUUAAUUGAAGAACGUGUGGAAAAAAGGAUUGAAGAGAAACAGCGUCAGCUUGAAGAGGAAGCCAGAUUGUUUGAAGAAAAUAUGAAGUUUAAAGCACAACCUUGUGAUAUCAUCAAUAAAACCCCAUUUGUACCACAUCUGGAUCAUAAACGCACAGUUGAGGUUGUUGAGUUCAAGCUAAACACAGAGAUGCGUCAAGCUCAACGUCAGCAGUAUUUUGAUCAGAAGAAGGCACAUGAGAUGGAGCUACAGGCAUUACAAAUAGAGCAGGAACAGCUGAGGAGAGAGGAAGAAGAGAAAGAAAUCCAACGGCUAAGGGCUGAGGCUGUACACAAAGCCAUGCCCAUUCGACAUUAUAAAGCAGUUGAGAUUCAGCGUAACUUGCUACCCCCUACUAUUCCUCAGACUCCAAAAUUCUGUUAUAAGAGCCGUGUGCGCAAUGUGAAAGCUGACAACUAAGGUUUCAAGAUGUUCGAUUCUUUCUUGGUUCUUAGAUCUUUUGGGUUGUUCCUAUUCAUGAAGAUCAAUUUAUUUUAAAUAUUUUAAUAUUUCAACUUUGCUUCUCUUCAAGAACCAGGUGAUAAUUCUGACCAGCCAUACACCUACUCUCAUUGACCUGUUUUUUUUUUUUUUUUUUUUUCUUUUCUCGUUUUCUUCUGAAAAGUCAGUGUCUGCUAUUAAGGCAUUUCCUUGUCACAAUUUGAUUUUCUUUGUGUGUGGCAUAGCAUUACAUAAGAUGUUGGUGGUUCUUUUCUUCCAACAAAUUAAAAUUGAAUGUCUGCACCAGCAGUUGACAUUUCAUCUAACUUGUAUCACUAAUGGCCUUAAGAGAAAACUGAUACACAAUCUUGUUCAUCCUUCUUUCUGCCUGCUAGAUAUAAAAGCAACUCAAAAAAACCUAAAUAUUGCUUAUCUUGAGUUUAUGCAAGAGUUUUGUGAAUUUAGUGAAGAUAACAUUAAAAUCUUAAUUUAAUUCUUUUUAUAAUAUAGGAUUUGUCUUUCAGUUUUCCAUCUGAUAAGUAAUAUUUCUUUGGUGCUGUUUAUAACAAUCUUGAUGUAUAUAAGACCUCACUUUGCCUGGAAAUAGCUAUGGGUUGAACAUAAUUUAAUGGCAGAUUUUCUACAACCAGAUGUCCUUGUUGCCAACCCUCACUUGUUUCCAAGCAAGGUGAUGAGGUGAAAUAUAUUUUUUCUUUUUCGUGUUGGCAUGGUUUGGAUGGGGUCUCCAAACAUCUCAUUAAUUGUUAGUCCUUCAUCAUCUGUAAUAUGCAACAAGAAAACUGGCUGUGUUUACUAUUACAUAUAUCCCGUUUCUGUUAGAUGCUCUGCUGGCACUUGAAGUUAGCGGAGACUAGAGUCCCCUCUAUACAGUUGCAUUUGUUCCAACCUUGACUUUUUUCUUUAGUUUUUAAAGCUGUAUGCCCUUCUUAUGCUAGUGAUUUCAUGGCAUGACCGAUAUGUAUGUAUGUAGAUAAUUUCUUUUUAUUAUAAUCAUGCUUAUCUUUAAAUUAGCACACUAGAUUCCCCUGACUUUACAUUGAGUUUUUGAUCAUUUUAAGGUGUAGUUUUCUAAUUUAUUUGUCUAUAAAAGAUGCUGCUUUCAGGUUCUUUAAUUUACUGGUAAAGACUUUUUAAUUCAAUCAUGAAAGAGAAUUCAUCCUUUCUCUUCAAGCAUCAUUGAGCUCAACAAUUCUUUUUGAUAUCAAACUUUCUACUAAUGUUGCAAAUGUCAGUAUAAUAAUUCAUACAAGGUUAUUGAUAAUUAUAUAUGGUUAUAGUUAUAAUUGUGGUUCAGUUUAAUUGUUAUAAAUUGUGUAUAGUUACAUAUGUAGUCAUCUAUCUAGGGCAGAUUAAAUUCCCGAGAUCCAUGGACGAGUUCUCUCCAGCAAUCUUUGUCUAUCAUCACUGCCAUGUCGUGUGUCUCCCAGAGACCAGUGUCUGUCCUUGGUACAACAUCAUCCUCGGUCCCCCUCUUCAAGUGUGCCCUUGUAGGGGGCUCUCACAGGAGCACUGAGUACAGUAUCAACUCUGAAUGAUGGUGAGCAUGUCCAGCUAACCUCAGUCUCCUCUGUGUUAUUUUCGAGCUAACUUUUGGAAGGCUCUCAUACAGCUCUGAGUUUAUACAUCCUCAGUGUAUAUUGAUUAAUGUUCAGAGCCAUUCUCAGCAUUCUUGUGUAGCACCCAUCCACCAUCUGAAUGAGUUUCUUGGUCACUGUCCAGGUCUCAGACCUGUACAACAGCACACUCCACUGCAGCAGGAACAUUUACAAAGGUCCAACUUCCAUACAAAUCUCGAACUGUGGCAUGCCACUCAGGCUUUUCUCUUCUUUUCAAUUAUAUUAUUCUGUGUUCCCAAUCUUUACUCCCAGCUACAGGAAGUCCUCAACCAACUCUAGUGGUUUCCCGCCUACAUUCAUAAUCUCUGGCUUAAUGUUCUUUACCAGAUACUUCAUCUUAUUCUCAUUCAUUUUCAGCCCCACACUCAUCGACACAGUCUCCACCUCCUGCAUUAAUUACUCUACCUCCCUUACUGUGUUUGUCGUCAGCAAGUUCAGCAUCUGAUAUCUUUUUAGCUUUGACCCUCCUGUUCUGAGCUUGUGCUACAGUAAAGCCAGAGUCUCAGUCCCUCCAAUUUCUCUUUCCUCUGUCUCUCCACACAGAGCACUAAACCUGUUCCUCGCUUCUACUGUGUACCUCUCCUAUAGCUUAUCUUCCUUGAAUGCUCUUUGGUGUUGAGCCUUACUCUUUCUUAAGCUCACCCAGACAUUACUCAUAGCAAGCCGGUAGUCACUGCCCAAUAUACUGAAAUAGUUGUAUGGUUUUAUGUUCAGAACACUGUUUCACCACUUCUUCCUCACCAGAAUGAAAUCAAUCUGGGACUUGGACAGAUGCAUAUCAGAAAUGUAGGUCCACAUUUUCCCCAGGUUUUUCCUAAACCUUGGGUUGGUUGCUAUCAAGCUCACCUCCAGCAGAGUGUUACAGAAGUACCAGCAAGGAUCUACACUGCUCUUCUUACUCAGAUGUAUAUUGAGGUCAUCCAGAACAAGCAGCAUGUUAUGUGCUGGUGUGGUGUUGACAGUUCUAUACAUUCUCAUGGAACUCCUCUGCACUUUCAUCACUGUUCCCUUCAGUUUUGGUUAUAUAUAUAUAAUUUACAUAUAUAAUGAUAAUAAUAGGGAUAAAAAUCUAAAAUUACAGGUAAAAACCAAAUUAAAAUCAAUUUAUUAAAAUAAAAUUAAGUUUCAUUAAAGUCAUAUUUAUUAUAU